CUGUCUUGCACCUCGUCGACGAUGUCGUGGUCCGCCGUCAGGGAGCGCGAGCAUGAUCCGAGCUCGAUCCAAGCAUGCUGGCUAGCCUCGCUGGACGAGUACCAUUCUCACCAUCCUGUCGCUUCGACGAGCAAGCUGCCCGACGUGCGCAACCUCUCACCGAGCCAACAACGACAGAUCUCAUCCUUGUGGUUCAUGGAUGCUGCCGAUCUCGAGCAACUCAAGGCGCUCGAUGAAGCUGAGAAAGCUGCAAAAGAGUCCAAGACGGUCGAAAAGGGCAAGAUGAAGCUCAUCAUGGACGAUCUGGCCAACAUGGACUGGGAUGAUGCAGACUACUGGGGAGAGGAAGACGCUGGCAGAAAAGAGGGAGACGAGGUAGAAGAGGAGUAUGAGGAUGAGGAGAUGGUCGAGGAACAAGACCCGCAGGAACAAGAGAAACCCACAGAGCAAGAGCAGCAGGGCACGGUCAGCAGCAGCAGCAGCAGCAGCAGCGAAAACAGUGGUAGCAGUAGCAGUAGCAGUAGCAGUAGCAGUAGCAGUAGCAGCAGCAGCAGUGACAGUUUGAGCAGCAGCGCAUCAGACUCAGAGUCAGAUUCAGACAACGCUGCGACUUCGAAGCCGACAAGUGUCGCGACAUCAGAGAUGCCCAGCGCUGCCACUCCACCGACGCAACCGAGCACAAAGCGCAAACGCUCACCUGGGGUCGCCAAGCCAGAGGCGACACGACCUGUGCCGCCGGCGCCAGCGCAGCCUGCUGCAGUCGAUCCUUAUCUGCAAGCCAUGAACCAAGCAUGGUAUGCUGCCGGCUAUGCGACAGCUCUGUAUCAGUUGCAGCAGCAACAUCAAGGCAAGACGGCCUAAUGUUUGCACACAGACAGUACCCGAUUGCAUUACAACCUC